UAUAAUACUUACUUUAAGUUUUGUUAUUAUCAUUAAAAAUACAAUUCAUAUUAUAUUGCAUUAUAUUACCGUACUUACGCUAUUAUAUAAAUAUAAAUACACCUAUGAAGACUUAUAUCUACCUACACAUUAUAUGAUUCAUUUUAACCGAAUUAACAAAAUAAUAAAAAUUGCACUUUUAGAGUAGAUAAUUAUUUAACAAGCUAUAGAUACAAAGUUUUAUGGACCCGAAAUGGAAACUAAUACAACAAAUAAUUGGAGUUGGGAUAAUAUUGUAAAAAAUGUUCUUUGUCUCACACAUCCGGAAAAGUUUUGGAUGCAUGAUGAAUCUAUGACAUGGACUCAUCGUUUUUGCGCGCAAGUACUUUCGUAUGGAGAAAUACCGAAACAUGUAGCAUUUAUAUUGGACGGUAAUAGACGUUAUAGUAAGAAAAAUUGUAUUUCUAUGCAACAAAGCUUUGCAAAAGGGUUUGACAAAAUAUUUGAAACAAUACAAUGGUGCUUACAUUUAGGUAUAAAAGAAGUUACUGUAAACACGUCCAGUUUAAAUAACUUUAAGAGAACACAAGAAGAAAUCAAUGCAUUGUUUGAUGAAAUCAAAACAUUUUUAAAAAGAGAUAUAUUGAAUGAACUAGGUGUAUGUAUAACAUUUUUCGGUAACAUCAGAACACUACCAGAUGAUAUGGUUAAGGUAUUAGAAAAAUCAAUGCUUAUAACAAAACAAAACAACAAGAUAUCAUUAAAUAUUGCAUUUUCUUAUACUGGACAUGAUGAAUUAACAAAUGCAUUCAAUCAUAUAUCUAAUGGUAUUAAAAAUAAUGAUUUGGAGGAAUCAGAUUUAUCAGUUGAAAUAUUAAAUAACUGUAUGUAUACCUAUCCGUCCCCACCACCUGAUUUAUUAGUAUGUACAUCUGGUGAGACUAAAUUGAAUGAUUUCAUGUUAUGGCAGUGUGCUUACAGUUACAUUUAUUUUACAUCAGUCUUAUGGCCAGAGUUUACUGCGUGGGACUUUAUGAUUGCUAUUUUUAUGUACCAAAGAAAUAUUAAAGCAUUUAUACGUUAUAAAAUACCAACUAAAAGAUUGAGUUCAAGGGUUGAACAAUUUGUUGAAAAUGUACAUCAAAACCGGUUAAAUAGUCUUUUUACAAUUGCGUGAAAAUAUUAAAAUUGGUGUUAUUUUUAAAUUCAUAAAAUUAAAUUUUAUUAUAAAAUAAA